CGAGUCAUGACGAAACUGGUGCAUACACUGUAACAUGUUGGAUGUAGUUGAUGUUAAUUCGAGCAGGCCCCUCCCACGUGAAUAUCACCAAUGCCGCCCCGCAAGCCAACCUGCCGUUGAGGCAAGCGUUCAGACAGCCUAUCUGUGCGCCGGAACCAAAGAUCCAUGAUAUCACGGAAAAGUUCCUAAAAGCGAGUAACGCUCUGGAAGUCGGGCAACUUGUCAAAGAUGACUACUUCACAUUGUUCGAGUCCAUCGGGGCUAUCGAGAUCAUGGAUCCCAAGAUGGACAGCGGUUUCCUGGAACCCGGCGAGACGCUUGAAGAUGACUACGACACAUCCAGAUCUUUGCUUCCAGAGGAGAUCAUCGGCAUCAUGGACCAGCUGCUCUGCUACGAAAUGGCCUGGCAUACAGGCUACCCCCUCUCUCAGACACUCUUCACAUCAGUCUACAUCGACAAGCUGCUAUGGCCCGAACCCAAAACCCUCGAGCAGUCUCAGUUUUUCCCGAAUGGCGAGAGCGCACAUGGACCGUCAGUACAGGCAUUACUGCAGGUGCUCAGAGCGUACUGUCUUGCACUCAUCAAAGGCUGUGACUAUGUGAUAGCGAAGAUCACUAGUCGAGACUACUUUGAGGAAGAGGACUUCUGCACACAGACUUACAACCGGGUUUUGUUUGUCAGUACGCCGAUAGAUGUUUUCUUGAGAGAGCUUGACGCUGCGAUAGAAAUCAUGGAAGAUACCGAUCUAGAACUGAAUGAUGCACUCCGGUCAGCCAUCAUAGCCAGACUAAAGUUUAGAGAAGACUAUCUUAGAGCCUUGGAUCUAGACCACCCACUAGACCAGAUUUCGUCUUCAUGGUCCCCCGCGCUCGCGGGCAUGAACUCAAUCAAAGCUACACAUCAGCUCGGACAGUCCGUACCUGGCGCCUUCAGUACAAAGAUGCAACGCAGGCUUGCAUCGACAGUACCACCUCGCCCGAUUGUUGAGUUCGAAUUCAAAGAGGCACUGGUUCUGCUUGAACAUAUCUGCGUCGAUUGCGAAGAAGCUACUCGAUUCAUCGACCUUCCGCAAGACCCCCUGGAAUACCAGUCGUUCCUCUGGAACUUUGCAUCUCGAUCACCUGCGCCACUGGCAUACUCGCGAUCUUAUCUCUCGACACUGCUGUUUCAUCCGGAGACAUUGAACACGGCCAUGUCAUUGCCCCUGGCGGACGUCAAGACGCUCGUCUUGCCCGCUUCCCCCGUGCUCGAUCCAAUCAACUGGACAGUUUCUCCACCCCGAAACUCACUCCUGCCCAAACCACCUCGACUUCAACUGGCAAUGCUUAUCGAUGAGUUUGUAGAACGCUCCGGACAGCCAUACUUGGACCUCUGGGUCGCCCUGGGCCAGAAUCGCUGCCGCCUCCGCCGAAUGCUAACCCACGUCAUUACCGCCUGGGACUUCUUGCAAGCGGACGCCAGCCUCGUAGACACCGACCUCGCGGCUGCGGCCUCGGAACUCUCUCUCACCGACCAAAUCCUCGAGUUCUCACUCUCAACAUGGGUCUACCACAAGAAGCUCUGGAUGAUUGAGAAAGUUAUCCUCCUCGGCUUCGAGCAAGACAUCUACCUGCCCGACGAAUUCAGUGGGCUGUACCUCUUCCUCUCGCUCAUCGUCACGCGCCGCCUCGAACUGCUCUCGCGCAUGCACUCCCACCACACGGCACGGCACACGCAACUGCUGCGCGAGCGCAAGCUGCGGCUUGCCUCCGAAGCCGCAGACGCAGCGCCCUACCUCUCGUCGCUCCUCGCAGAAGCAUCCGGCACCGCCGCCCUCUCGCUCGCGCUCGCGCGCUUCUACAUGAUCUGCGCCUACCUGUCGCUCAUCCCGCUGCCCAAGCGGCCCUUCGGCACCGAGAAACUCCGCUACGAACUACGCAUGAAACCGUUCCUCGCCGUGCAGCCGCCCGAAGUCCCGCCCUUUGAGGACUUCAAAGCGCACACGCAGCCCUACGGCGCGUACGCCGCGCCGGACCCGGCGUUCCACGCCGACCUCGGCAACGAGCAGAGCGAGCUCUGGCGUGAAGUCGAUGGCAACGUGAGGGCGGCGCGCGAGGCGUUUGCCGAGGUGAAGCGGCUCGGGCCGCGAGCGGCGCGGUGCCAGGGCGUGGAGACGGCGUGGACGAGGGACGUGCAGAAUCUGCUUGCGAGCUGUGUUGCGCUGGGCGUUGCGAGCGCGGGCGUCAAGGAGGCUGUGAGCAGGGACGCCGCGGGGGGACAUGGGCGUGGAGUCGGGGUGAGUGGUGUGCGUGCGGAGGUGCCCGAGGGCGGGGCGAAGAAGAGGUACAGCGAGGGCUGGGUCGUGGUGAAGGUCGUCAAGCAGGAGUGAGCGUUGAGCCGUGUAGCAGGCCUGGGGGGACCCAACUCUGGCGUGGGGACGCGUGCAUCAAUUCCUCGACGCCCACGUAAAGCUG